UCGGCAGCCCUGAAUGACGGUUACUGGACUUUGGACAGAUUCAAAUUUUAAAUUUUCUUGCUUCUUGGAAUGGAGUGCUCUCUUAUUUACGGCUUUCAGUGAUUUUGCAUUAUUUGAAUGAUAUCAUUUUUCUUCAUUCUGUGCGUUAAUGUAUCUAUAGUUGCCGAAUGACAAGCAGCCACCAGUCAGGAAUCACGAACUAGUUGGAAGCUUUCGUUUUAUCAAGAUGGCAAAAGCAUCAUUUAAUGAGCCAAAUCCAACUUUUAACAUUGCUGGUUGGCACGAUGUUCCUAAUUUAAGCAACAUAGAGCGUAAGAAUUUAGAAAAUGUUCUAGAAGAAGACGAUCAAAAUUCCAUACAAAUAUAUUUACGUCUUAGGCCAAGCUCUAAAGAAGAAUCAAAUGAAGAAAAUUUUAGACUGAUAGACUCCAAAACUAUUGAGGUAAAACCACCGCCAGACUCCUGCAUUUCAAAGUCAAACCGCACAGGCAGCUCAGAUGAAAUAAGACGGACCUUUUUCAGUCUGCCAUGACUCACCAAACCGAAAAUUCCUCAUUUGCGCACAUCUCUCAAGCCCCUAGCGAAUUCAGUCAGAUGGAAGAGCUCAUCGAUGAAGAAACUGUGUCUGUGGCAAAUCAAGGAAAUGUUCUCUAUUCUGUUUGGGUAUCAUUCCUGGAAGUCUACAACGAACAAGUGUAUGAUCUACUAGUACCACAGUCAUCAUCAGAUAAGCGAGUCCCUCUGAAAGUUGCGACAGAUAAUAGCCGUAAUGUAUUUGUCAAAGGUUUGAACCAUGUCCAUGUCACAUCUGGCAUUGAAGCGUAUAAAGUUUUACUUGUCGGAAAGAAUAACUUGCAAGUAGCUAGCACUAAUCUAAACAGAUCAUCGAGCAGGAGUCACUGUGUUUUCUCAAUUAAAUUAAUUAAACGCGAUAAUGAACCUGCACCAUCUGAAGCAAUACUUAGCAGUUUUUCAAUUUGCGACCUGGCGGGUGCUGAACGUCUUGAAAAAACUGGCAACACGGGUAACAGAAUGAAAGAGACUCAAAAUAUCAACACAUCUCUCCAUGUUCUAGUCCGCUGUUUCAAGACCAUGUUGGAAAAUCAGUCACGCCCUCAUAAACCAGAAAUUGUUCCUUAUCGUGAGUCAAAACUGACACAGCUAUUUCAUCGUCAGCUCUGCGGGAAAUUCCAUGAAGAUGUUAUAAUGAUUGUAAAUGUGAAUCCAUCACCUAAACUGUUUGAAGAAACAGCGUUCGUACUAAAAGCCUCUGCCAUUGCCAAGCAGAUCACCAGAAAGCCAGUAAGGCCAAAAAUUAACAAACGCAAAUCGGUGUUUUCAACUUUAGUUUUUGAAAACAAAAAUCAAAAUACUAUCCAAUGGGAAGCAGUCGAAGAAGAAAGAGAGGAGGUCGUCACCAUUGAUUUGGAUCGGAUCUACGCUGACUUUGAAGCAGAAAAGCAAAAGAUCCGUGCUGACUGUGAAGCGGAAAGACUCCGGUCCGUGCAAGCUUUAGACAACAUGAUUGAUGAAAUGAUGAUUGAGCAUCAAGAACAUAUGGAUGAAAUGCGUGACCGCAUGAUGCAGGAACGAAUCCGGCGGGAACAUUUAUUCAGAGAUCUAAUUGCAAACUUAAAGGCGGAAUUGGCAGAAUUAAGGGGUGAUCAAAGCGGAGCGUCAGUUCCAUCCACUGGCAGCUCUGAUCUAAGAGAGAAGUUACAGGAUUCCGAAAAGUUGGAGAGUCUCUUAGAAAAAGCUAAUCAGGAGAAAGUUGAACUGAGAUCAGAAAUCGCCUCCUUGCAAAAGGAGAAAGCAGAGCUUUUAGUAAAAUUUGAAAAAUCAGAAAGAGAGGCCGAAAAAGCUCUCUCAAUAGAAAAAGAACUUAAAAAGAGUGAGCAGAGUAUCAUUGCGUUGAAAAAACUUUUAGAAGAAGCUCGGCAGGACCUGAUAGCGAUGGACACAGAAAAGUCUGAACUUGAAGAAGCUUUAGUUAACAAAGACGUAUUAGUCAAUGAAUAUGAGACAGAAGUUGAGGACCUGAAUAAUCUACUCUCGAGUAAAUGUGAGAUGCUAGAAGCUGCAGAGGCUGAGAUUGAACAGAAAGACGCGAUGAUUCACAAGUUGGAGCAAGAAGUGAAAGGCAAAGAUGUCACUAUUGAGACUCUGGAGGAUACAAUAGAUGAAUUAAAAGAAAUGAACCAAAUGAAUGUAUGCAAGCAUGAUCGGCAGCUCACUGCCAUCGAAAAGGAGCGAGAUUUGGAGAAAGAAAAGCGCGUUGAGAUAGAGAGCAAACUUGAGGAGCUACAAAAGGAACAUUUGCAGGAAUUUAAACGCUUGGAAUGUCAAAUAGCGGAAUUGAAGGGACAGCUGGAGCAGUCGGAAAGUAAGAACAAAAGUAAGCGAACCAACAAGAAAGCAACAUCUCAAUGGCUUGGUGAUGAGUUUAAAGAAAACAAUCCAGUUUAUGAGGCAAAGACUGAGCCCAGAAGAAAAUUAAGGACCCGGAAUCAAACUAAAAUUGAAGAUGUAAAAUCUCCGAGUCACCGCCGCAGCAGGAGCUCUGGUUCCAGGGUGCUGCUGAGUCAGACAAACUUGGAUAAUGGGUCUCCGCUAAAGACUCCUCCUACUCGCAGUAUCAGCUGCAAUGAUCUUGCCAAGAAUCUGUCAAAAUCUUGUCGAAAAAAACUGUACAAUGCCAAUGAAUUCUUUGACCAGGAAAAUGUGAUCGCUCCAAUCAAAUUCCACUCACCAUUGAUAAGCUCACCGAAAUCAGAACUGAAGAAUGUCAAACGUCGUCUUAGAAACCAACUGAAGUGAGACCAUAACCAUGAUUCGUCAAGUUUUAUUUCAAUGAAUUUUAUAAUAGAUGCAAGCUCAUAAUUACUGUCUUUCUAUUUCCUCUUUUUUUUAAGUAUUUAUUAAAGUGAGACCAUAACCAGGAUUCGUCAAAUUUUAUUUCAAAGAAUUUUAUAAUGUAUGCAAGCUCAUAAUUACUGUCUUAUUUUUAGUAUUUAUUGUCGUAAUCAAAUUCAAAUUAUUUACUAUGCUUGCAAUCAAUUUUUUGGUCGUGUACAACAAUAUAAUUUGUUUGUUAUUUCAUGUGUAGUAUUAGGAAUAAUUUGUUAAGAAUAACUUGUAAUCAUACUGUUUUUAAUCUGCGACUUCUUCCUCUCUCAAAUUGUUUUUACCUAUAUUCUAUAAUUCUAUUUUUUUUUUACCUAUAUUUCGAAAGCGGUUGUUGAUUAUAUUAUCAUGUUCUUCAUUUGUGAUCUAAUUGUAAAUUUGUACCUACUGUUUUAAAAAGAAGAAAUCAAAUAAUAAUCAACUAUUCUAAGUA